AUGUGUUUCGAUUGUGAUUCAAAAAAUCCAACAUGGGCAUCAGUUACAUAUGGUGUAUUUUUAUGUAUUGAUUGUUCAGCAAGACAUCGUGGUCUUGGCGUUCAUUUAUCAUUUAUUCGUUCGACCAAUCUUGAUACUAGUUGGGGAUGGCUUCAACUUCGAGCUAUGCAAGUUGGUGGAAAUGCUAAUGCUGAUGCAUUUUUCCAACAACAUGGCUGUCAGACGAAAGAUAUUCAACAAAAAUAUAACAGUCGAGCGGCACAACUUUAUCGUGAAAAACUUCAUCAACUUGCUUCUAAAGCAAUGAAGCAAUAUGGAACUAAAAUUUUUCUUGAUGAUGGUCAUAAGAAUGAACACAGUCAAUCGACAGGUGAAAAAAAAGAAGAUGAUUUCUUCCAUGAACAUUCUCAAGCGUCAGCUAAAACUGGUUGGGAUGAUAGUGUAACAGUUUCUUCACAUUCCAGUAACCAAAGUCUUGAUAAGACUGAGCAACAAACAGAAGGACCAUCUGUUGAUCCAAGUGUUUUGAAUAGUGAUGGUUCAGUGAAAACACUUGAUCCAAAAAAAACAACUAUUGGUCAACGUCGAGCACCAGCAGCGAAAAAGAAAGGUUUUGGUGCACAAAAAGUAACAACUGAUUUCAAAGAAAUCGAACGUAAUGUUCAAGAACAAGAAAAAAUGCGCGAACAACAAGCUCAUCUUGAACUUAAAAAUCGUGAAGAAACUGAAAAACAACUUGAAAAACAAAUGGCAAAUCUUAAAUUUGUUUAUCAAGAUAUUAAUAAACAACGUGAAUUAGAAGAAACAAAAUUAAAACAAUCAAAUCCAAAGAAAGCUGAACAAAUGGAGCGUCUUGGCAUGGGUUUUGCUAAUCGAAGUGGUGUAAGUCAUAGUGCUAUGACUGAUAUGCAAACAAUUCAGCAAGAAGGUGUAACAACAACAAGAAAUAUUUCUCUUGCACCACGAACUCGAGAUUUUUUUGAUGAUUAUGAAUCAUCUGGUUUUAGUAGUAAUCGAUCAAAUUAUGAUGUUUUAUCAUCGAAAGAUGAUGAUCAAUAUGACGAGAGUUCUAAAAAGUACUCAUACAAUUAA